AUCAGAUCAGUACAGUCUGUGUUCACUCCAAUUAUAACUUGACCGGUAAUACGGUACGGCUUCAUUGGUGCUGAGAGAUAUUCCAAGACUCGGAACACUUGGUCUUGAGGCAUUGGCUUCAUAUUUCUCUCUAGCCAAAUGAAUCAAAGUUUGGGAGAGUGUUUGCGCUGCAAUUUUGGCUUGAUUUGAAUUACAUUCAUUUGCUGUCGGUGAGGACAGAUUCAUUCGAACACUGGAUACUCUGUAAUCCAGGCAACAAAGCAACGAGAGACGUCGCUAGCCGUUCGAGUUGAGAAUCAAAGAAGAGGAGAGCACAUCCAACACAUCUCCAUCAACAAAUUGCGGGAAUCGACGCGGUGCAAACAAGUCGCGCUUUCUUUCACCCAGACCUGCUUUAUAGCCCUUCUCUCGGCAAUAGACUCCGAGUAACAGAUUGCCUGCCCAAGAGGCAGGCCAACCUGCUUCAGGAUGGAUGUCGUUCAGGCCGUCUCCGGCUACAUCACCAAGAUGAUAUCGACCGGUGAUAGUACGACGGGGACACAGUCGGCCAAGAUGAAGAUCUUGCUAUUGGACAGAGACACCGUCCCGAUUCUAUCAACAGCUGUCACGCAGUCUGCCUUACUUAAUCACGAGGUCUACCUGACCGACCGUCUGGAUAAUGUCAACCGGGAGAAGAUGCGCCACCUGCGCUGCUACUGCUUCGUGCGCCCAUCUCCGGAUUCCAUACAGUUUCUGAUCGACGAACUGAGGGAACCCAAGUACGGCGAGUACUAUCUGUACUUUAGCAACGUUGUCAAGAAAUCAUCUCUGGAACGACUGGCCGAGGCGGAUGACCACGAAGUUGUCAAGGCCGUCCAGGAGCACUUUGCCGACUUUAUCGUCAUCAACCCAGACCUCUUUUCCCUUAACCUCAGCUUGCCGCAGAACAGGUUAUGGAGUACCGAUCCCAACAUGUGGAACGCCGACUCGUUGCAGCGUGCCACAGAAGGAAUUCUCGCCGUGCUGUUGGCCCUGAAGAAGAAGCCCCUGAUCAGGUACGAGAAGAGCAGUCUAAUGACCAAGAAAUUGGCCACUGAGGUGCGGUACCACAUGACCCAAGAAAGCCAGCUCUUUGACUUUCGAAAGGUCGAUACUCCGCCGAUACUGCUCAUACUUGAUCGGCGCGAUGAUCCCAUAACACCGCUUCUGAGCCAGUGGACGUACCAAGCCAUGGUCCAUCAGCUCCUCGGUAUCAAGAAUGGUCGAGUAGAUCUCAGUGACGUGGCAAAUGUUAAUCCUGACCUUAAAGAAAUUGUCUUGUCGCAAGACCAGGACCCGUUCUUCAAGAAGAACAUGUACUUGAAUUUUGGUGAUUUGGGAUCCAACGUCAAGGACUACGUUGAGCAGUUCCAAACAAAGCACAAGAACAACGUCCAACUUGAGUCUAUCGCAGACAUGAAGCGCUUUGUGGAAGAAUACCCCGAGUUUCGAAAACUAUCGGGAAAUGUGAGCAAACAUGUUCAUCUGAUGUCGGAGCUAAGCAGACGAGUGGGUGACGAGAACCUACUCGAAGUGAGUGAGUGUGAGCAGAGUUUGGCCUGCAACGACAAUCACGCAGCAGAUCUCAAGAAUGUGCAAAAACUCAUUCAAAACCCAUCAGUAACUGCUGACCACAAGGUCGGUCUUGUGGCCUUGUAUGCUCUACGAUAUGAGAAACAUCCAUCCAGCGCGUUGCCGAUGCUCGUGGAUCUACUGGUCGCAGCAGGUGGCGUCUCUCCGCGAAGGGCGGACUUGGUAACCAAGGUCCUCCACUACCAGAACUCGGUCUCGCAGUCCCAGGCCGCAGGCGGCAUAACGGACAUCUUCGAGUCCACGGGAAUCUUUUCAGGCGCCAAGGCUUUCAAGGGGCUGAAGGGUGUUGACAAUGUCUACACUAUGCACUCGCCUAGGCUGGAGAUGACAUUGCAGAAUCUCAUCAAAGGCAAGCUCCGAGACCAGCAAUAUCCUUUUGUAGAGGGAGGCGCCACAACGAGAGACAAGCCCCAGGAUAUCAUUGUGUUCAUGGUUGGAGGUGCCACGUACGAGGAAGCAAAGACGGUGGCAGGCAUUAACGCCUCGACACCCGGAGUCAGGGUGGUUUUGGGUGGAACGACAAUACAUAAUGCGGACAGUUUUCUGGAGGAGGUGGAGGAUGCUGUUAUGUCUUGGCCAGAGCCGCCACCAACGACCACUGCAGGACGGUUGCGGAAGGAGAUAGGGCUAUCGCCAGUAUAAUGAUUCGAUCUUAACCGUAUAUUCGCAAAACACGGCAACGGCGUGUGGACUUUCUUCUCACACUUGGGGCACAAUGAUCGCGCCCAGCUUGCGGAUUUCUGCGGGCAUUAUUCGUCCGGGGCGGCUCAUUUUUAGUGCUGCCUUUCGAGCAGGACGACGGCGCACGUUUGCGACUGUGUCGGAACACGCAAGAACUUUCGACGUCGUCGUUAUUGGUGGCGGACAUGCCGGAGCCGAAGCCUGCGCGGCCGCGGCCCGAGCAGGCGCGCGAACGGCCCUCGUUACACCAAAGAUAGACAACCUCGGCACCUGCUCAUGCAACCCGAGCAUAGGCGGCAUAGGAAAGGGCACCAUGAUCCGCGAGAUCGACGCCCUCGACGGUCUGGCCGGUCGCGUGGUCGACAAGGCCGGCGUGCAGUUCAAGGUGCUGAAUCGCAAAAAGGGCCCUGCCGUCUGGGGCCCUCGUGCCCAGAUCGACCGCGAGCUUUACAAGAAGCACAUGAGGGAGGAGCUGCUAUCAUACCCGAACCUCGACGUCGUCGUCGACAGCGUCGACGACAUCAUCGUCGGCCAGAACCUGGACCCGAGCACCGGCGCCAAGGGCAAGAUCAAGGGCGUGAGGCUCGCGUCUGGCGAGGAGAUCAUGACCAACCAGGUCGUCAUCACGACGGGGACGUUCUUGGGCGGCGAGAUACACAUUGGACUGGAGGCCUUCCCGUCGGGUCGCAUGGGUGAGGCUGCGACGUUUGGGCUGAGCAAAUCUCUCAGAGACGCCGGGUUCCAGCUCGGGAGGCUAAAGACCGGGACGCCGCCGCGGCUGGACAAGAAGAGCAUCAACUUUGGCAUUCUUCAAGAACAUGGCGGCGAUGAGCCGCCGAUGCCUUUCAGCUUCAUGAACAACAGCGUCGCAGUCAAGGACCAACUGCUGUGCCACAUGACAUAUACCAACCAAGCCUCGCACGACGUUGUGCGUGCAAACCUCGACAAGACGAUACACAUUCGAGAGACGGUCAAGGGCCCAAGGUAUUGUCCGUCUCUUGAGGCCAAGGUCAUUCGAUUCGCCCAAAGAGAUUCCCAUGUAGUUUGGCUUGAACCGGAGGGAUUCGACACGGAUGUCAUCUACCCCAACGGCCUAUCCAUGACUAUCCCUGCCGAGGCCCAAGAGCAACUCCUGCGUACAAUAGUCGGGUUGGAAAACGUCAAGAUGUUACAGCCAGGUUACGGAGUUGAAUACGACUACGUGGACCCACGGUCACUCAAAUCAUCACUAGAGACAAAAGCCAUCUCGGGCUUGUUUUUGGCUGGGCAGAUCAACGGCACGACCGGCUACGAAGAAGCGGCAGGACAGGGCAUAGUCGCGGGCAUUAACGCCGGACGCGCAGCAAUGGGCUUGCCGGCAGCAACUUUGACCCGGGCCGACGGCUAUAUCGGCAUCAUGAUUGACGACCUGGUAACCAAGGGCGUCUCGGAGCCCUACCGCAUGUUCACCUCACGAUCCGAGUUCCGCAUGUCUACCCGCGCCGACAACGCCGACUCUAGGCUAACUGCCCGCGGCCGCGCCUGGGGAGUCGUGUCAGACUCGCGCUGGGCGAGCUUCGAAUCUGAGCGUGAACGAAUAGCCGAGUUGACCGAAGUGCUGGCCUCAGUCGCCCAGGGCGCAGAGUCUUGGCAACGGGAUGGCUUCGAAUCUGUCCGCUCCUCCAGCAGCCCCAUCAACGGGCUAGACAUUGUCCGCCGCGGGGUCGACAUCACCUCAGACCACGGCGUGCUUGUCAAGAAGUUCCCCAACCUGAACAAAUACUCGCGCAGGAUAAGGGAGCGCGUGGCCGUGGAGGCGGCGUAUGCCCCCUACGUUGAGAAGGACGUCCGGGUACGCGACCGUGCCCUGCGGGAUGAGGGGCUGAUUCUGCCACCCAACAUCGACUACGAGACCGUGACAGGCAUCAGCAUCGCAGAGAGGCAGGCCCUCUCGGCAACCAGACCCGAAACUAUGGGUCAGGUCAAGAGGUUGGAGGGCAUGACGCCUGCGGGAGCCUUCAACCUCUUGCUGUACAUUAGGCGGAACUAUGGGCAGAAGUCAGAUAGUAGCCGCAUUGUCUGGCCCGAGCAAGAUGCUGCAACUGCUGGGAUCGAGGAUGCAUCGCCCCCCGCGGUAUAGACUCAGCAUCUCUUCAGCACGAGGAGGAGGAUAGGAGGAGGAGGAGACAUGUGUCUCGCAAUAUUGAAGCCAUCUUCUUGUUAACCCCAAAGCAAACGCGAGUAGGGUUGCACCCUGGUGAGGAGGAGGGAGG